CUGGACAGUGAAGACUGAAGACUGGGGCACUGGGCGUCUGGGCCGCACUCGGGUCAUCUCGGAGGACAACACCGUGACUGAUUAGUGAUUACGACAGUCUCGACUUUCGCGUAGAUAUGUACAAACAAGAUAUGCGAAACUGACCACAACAACAAGAGCGAUAUUGUCAUCUGUAAAAUAUUAAUAUUUACAAUAUAAACACAAGUGUGAAAUCAAAUAUAUAAUGUAAACAAGUCCGUUGAAUAUAAAACAACUGCGUGCUGCUUCCCCUCGCUCAGUAUUAUUGCUAUCUUAAGUAUCAACAGGUAGUAGAACAAUAUGGGAAGGUUUAGAGAUCGUCGCAACUCGGGCUCUGGCUCAGGCUCCGGCUCUGGUGAAGAGUCCUCCGAUGACGAGGGUCGUCCUCGCACUUACCGCAUGCGUGAGAAACUUAUCGAUAUCGGAGACGAUUACCAGAUCAUGUACCUUAAGAAUAAGAUCCGCCGAAAGCACGAAUUCACAGCCAACAACAAGAAGGCCCGCAUUCGUACCACCUUCCACAUGCAAACUGCCGAUGGUGAUACUGUGUACAAGUUCCACAAGAAAAAGAUGCGUCUAAGAGACACGUACGAGAUCGAGAACGGUGACGACGACGAGGUAGCCAAGAUUCACAAGGAUCUCGUCAACAUUAUCCGCGACAAGUUCGAUGUAUCUCGUGAAGAUGGCAAUGACAUCGAAAUUGAGGGCUCGAUUAUCCGAAAGAACUACGAAUACAAGGACAAAGAGACCGGUGAAGUGAUCGCCAAGGUGCACGACUGCUGGAUUGACCCCGUCGCCGAGGCCUACGAAAUCGAGAUCGAGCCUGGACAGGAUGUAGCCUUCAUUCUGACCAUUGCCGCCGCUGUGGAGGCCAUGAGUCUGGAUGACGAGGAUGGCUCUGGUUCCGACUAAGCGUAGCCUCUCGUGGCGCUAUUUUGGGAGCAGCAAUACACUCAAACUUGUGAUGAACACCUCAUACCCGUGUACUAGCUACAUUCGAAAUAAAAUGUAUCUAAAAUGUU